UUUGUUAUUAUUAUCAUUAUUAUAUUAUUAUUACUUUUUUUUUUUUUUUUGAUAGAUUAAACCCUAAUUCCCCUUCUCCCUCGUCUGCAUCUUCAAUUCCAGAGUUUGCAUUUCAAUUCCAGAGUUUGGGGACACAACAGCAAGAAAAGAAUUCCAUUUGCUCGCUUGUUGCUCAUUUUUAUUGAGGAUUAUAAGAUGGCAACUGGGGCUGGACUUGAGACUCUUGUUGAUCAAACAAUUUCAGUUAUCACAAAUGAUGGGCGGAAUAUUGUGGGAAUUCUGAAAGGUUUUGAUCAGGCUACCAACAUAAUUCUUGAUGAGUCUCAUGAACGGGUGUAUUCCACAAAGGAAGGCGUACAACAACUUGUGCUGGGCCUCUACAUCAUUCGGGGUGAUAACAUAAGCAUUGUUGGAGAGUUAGAUGAAGAACUAGACGCAAGCUUGGACUUAUCAAAACUUAGAGCUCAUCCUUUGAAGCCGGUCAUCCACUGAUGUGUGCCAUUGUGAAAACGCAUGUAAUGCCUUGUGUUGAGUUUUGCUUGUAAGAAUCAAACUUUAGCUAGAAGCAGGUGAUGAAAAAUGAGGAUGUUUGAUCGACAUUUUGUGACAAAUAUUCAUUUUUGCAGGGUGUUUGUAUGUUGAUUUAACCUUCACAAUC